GUAGAAAGCGAACUUUAUUUUGUUUAUGGCAACUAAAUUGGGUCGAUUAUGUCAUGGCGGGGUAGAUGUUUUCGGCAAUUGAUAUCUCGGUAUUAAUAUUAAAUUACGCCGUCAAUGAAAUCGUCUCGACAGAAAUUGUUUAAAAAUAAGGAUAUUUGUGUGUUAGUGAUCUCUUUUUAAACAAUUCCAAUGCUGAAAAGGUUGCAAAUGGGCCUUCGCGCGUUCAUGCUAGUAGCAUCAAAAGUAUGGAGUUGUAUUUGUUAUAUGUUUAAGAAGCAAUAUCGUGCGUUGGCACAAUACCAAUCAGUGAAGUAUGAAAUCUACCCACUUUCCCCAGUAUCUAGACACAGGCUGAGUCUAGUUAGAAGAAAAAUCCUGGUUUUAGAUUUAGAUGAGACAUUAAUCCAUUCGCAUCAUGAUGCGAUGGUCAGGCCCACUGUUAAGCCGGGUACGCCUCCGGACUUUGUCCUGAAAGUCACUAUCGACAAACAUCCAGUUAGAUUUUUUGUUCAUAAGAGGCCGCAUGUAGACUACUUUUUGGAUAUAGUUUCACAGUGGUAUGAGUUGGUUGUGUUUACUGCGUCUAUGGAGAUUUACGGCGCCGCUGUGGCUGACAAACUAGAUAAUGGACGAGGUAUCCUGAGGAGACGUUUUUACAGGCAACACUGUACAGCAGAACAUGGAUCGUCAUAUACUAAAAAUCUGUCAUCAAUAUGUGACGAUCUGAACAGAGUGUUCAUACUGGACAAUUCACCUGGAGCUUACCGAGAUUUCCCGGAUAACGCGAUUCCAAUAAAAUCGUGGUUCUGCGAUCCGCUGGACGUGUCCCUGCUGUCGCUGCUGCCCGUGCUCGACGCGCUGCGCUUCACGCACGACGUGCGCUCCGUGCUCUCGCGCAACCUGCACCUGCACAGGCUCUGGUAGCCGCAGGUGAACACACACCGCACACACUCACCUGCACACAAGCUCCGGUAGACAUGAACACACACCUACACACAGACUCCAGUAGAGAUGAACAAACACCUACACACAAACUCCGGUAUAGAUGAACACACACUCACCUACACAUAAACUCCAAUAGAGAUGAACACACACUCACCUACACACAGGCUCCGGUAGAAAUGACCACACACCUACACACAAACUCCAGUAGAGAUGAAAACACACUCACCUGCACACAAGCUCUGGUAGAGAUGUACACACACCUACACACAAACUCCAGUAGAGAUGAACACACACUCACCUGCACACAAGCUCUGGUAGAGAUGAACACACACCUACACACUAAAUCCAGUAGAGAUGAACACAAACUCACCUGCACACAAGCUCUGGUAGAGAUGAACACACACCUACACACUAACUCCAGUAGAGAUGAAAACACACUCACCUGCACACAAGCUCUGGUAGAGAUGAACACACACCUACAGACUAAAUCCAGUAGAGAUGAACACAAACUCACCUGCACACAAGCUCUAGUAGAGAUGAACACACACCUACACACAAACUCCAGUAGAGAUGAACACACACUCACCUGCACACAAGCUCUGGUAGAGAUGAACACACACCUACACACAAACUCCAGUAGAGAUGAACACACACCUACACACAAACACCAGUAGAGAUGAACACACACUCACCUGCACACAAGCUCUGGUAGAGAUGAACACACCUACACACUAAAUCCAGUAGAGAUGAACACAAACUCACCUGCACACAAGCUCUGGUAGAGAUGAACACACACUCACUUGCACACAAGCUCCGGUAGAGAUGAACACACACUCAUCUACACAGGCUCUGAUAGAGAUGAAUACACAACUACACACAGGCUCCGGUAGAAAUGAACACACACUCACCUACACACAAGCUCCAGUAGCCACAGAUGAACACACACUGCACACACUCACUUUCACACAGGCUCUAGUAGCCCCAAGUAUGUGUACACACACCAUACACACUCACAUGCAUACAUGCUCUGGUAGCUGCAGGGGAACACACACACUGCACACAGACUCCAGUAGCCGCAGGUGAACACACACACUGCACACAGACUCCAGUAGCCGCAGGUGAACAGAAAAAACACACAUAAAUAAGCAACAAGUGUAAUAAUUUUUACUUUAAAUUUCAAAUCAGUUCACUAACUAUUAUUUUUCAAAUAUCGAUAUUUUUCACUGUGUUAAUUAGAUUUUCAUAAAUAAGAUAUCAGUCAUUUAAUUUGUAGUUUAUGAAACAAAUCUAAAUAAGUAUCAAAUAUAAAAGUGAUGUAAGAGAGCCUAAUUUUUACUGUUUAUUGUCCGUGAUAGUAUCAAUAUGUGGGAAGCAUAUUAUAAAUAAAUUCUAUAAGCGGUUUCUCGGUUUCAUACUAAAAGUCCUUAAGGCUGACGAAAUUUCGACCAUUUUGCAGUGAGAUUUCAUAUUAAACAUUUUUAUCCCAUUUUACAUGUAAAUAAAAAUUACGGUUAUUAGCUUUUGUCACAAAUGACUAAGCUGUAUAGGUCUACGUUCCCUUUACCUAUUCUAUUGGACAAAUGAGAAAAAACGUCUAUGGUCAGGUCGUUAUGAAUGAAACUUACGCGGCAAUUUUAAAUAACAAGAGCGGACCAGUUUCAUUUACAUUUAAAGUAAGCUGAUGUCGUAUUACAGUUACACUCCACACAUUAUUUAUUUAUUUAAAAAGUAUUCUUGUUAAGUACUCUCUAUUUAAAAAAUGUUUUUGUAGGUGGCAUAUUAUUAUGAUGCUAAGUGGUGAUUGGAGCCUAUAGACUUAUUUUUAUUAGUAUAAAUGAUAGAACAAACUCACAUCACAGUUGUAAUGAAAUGGUCGUUGAAACCCAAAACAUAAGGAGAGAGCCAUCCCCACCUUGAAGUUGAAGUUUUAACUGUAUUUUACAAUGGCUAUUCUAUUCUUCAAACCGGAACGUAGGGAUUGCUUUGCGGCAGAAAUAAGCAAAACGAUGAUAGCACAAGAGCUUGUAAUUCUCCUCGAAAGUCAAAAUAUGAAUAUGUUUGUUAUUCAAUUCAAUUCAAUUCAAAAUGAUUUAUUUGCCAGAGAUAUGGUACAUAAAUAAUGGUAUUAUAAUUGAGUCGUCUAUUAUCAAAGGUGGCAAUCUGUGCAUUUGGACAAAAAAAUGUUAUUGAUAUGUCAAUACAGAUUGAUUUGAAUAUAAUCGUCUCCUUCAAAGAAUACGGUUCAAAACCUGCAUUAAAUAAAGGUUAAUAGUUAACCUGUUAUUUAUCUAAGAUGUCGUUCCGAAGAGUUUUGUGACUGCCAAUGGAAUACAAAGUCAAUAAUUCGUUUUUCUGAUUUACCAAUAAUUGUCCAAAAGUCAGAUUGCCGGCUUUGAUAAUAGUCGACUCAAUUAUUUUUUUUGCAUUCCAGCAUGUUCUCACUUGAAUAAAAAGUGUGCAAAUAUAAAAUAAAUAUUAUUAUAGAAUUAAUUUAAGAUUACUAAAACAUGUCAUAUCAUGUAUUUGACUUUGAACUGGUGUCUGAGGGAUAUUGCUUUGCGCCCAAUUGGUUAAUAAAAAAAAAAUCUAUUAUAACAAUAUGUUAUAGCGUUAUGUUAUUGUUCCCAGGGACCCACCGGCUUUUGUACAAAUGAAGGGCGUCGCCGGCACGCCGCAGUCUAUUUAUUUCCCACUCGUUAGGACGUUCAACGCUUUUCAAAAUAUAGAUAAUAAUUAUUAUACUUAAAGAAAAAAAUAGUUCUCUUUUUAUAAGUUUUGUUUAAAAAAAAAAUUGUGAAUAUACUUUUACAUAUUACGUGUGCUACCUACGUGCGUAGGAGGGCGUUUUUGAAACGCGAUUAGUGUUUUUAUUUAAUUAAUAAUAUCCUACUAUAGUAGUGAAACGUCAAGAUAAAGGUGGGGCCCCACUUCGAGCGGGUUUUCGUGUCUGUGAUUAGACGGCAAGUUUGAAUGGAGCCCGAUUUCUAUCUUAAAUGUUUACCAUGACAAUAAAACUACCAGUACCUUUUUCUUUCAUUUUUAGUUUAAAAAAAAAGGGAGAUCCCUGUGCCUAAACGUCGACACUUCAACUUGUACUUAUGAAAAUGGUCUUUAAUAGUACAAAAUGUUUUAAAAUACGUGUUUCAAACUAUGAUGUAUUUCACUUUUCUUAAGAAAUUAUGAAUAAAAAUCAUAAAAAAAUAUGGAUGUUCCGUUUGUGCUAGUUAAAAACCUGUAUUUUUAGAUUAUUCUUUUUUUUGUAAUAUAAGUAGUUAGAAUAA